CUGGAGCCCUCCUGGACCACCUGGAGCCCUUCUGGACCACCUGGGCCACCACAUCCAGGCCACCUGGAGACCUCCUGGGUCACCUGGACCUCCUGGGCCACCAUGUCCAGGCCACCUUGAACCCCUGGGCCAUCACGUCCAGGCCACCAUGUCCAGGCCAUCUGGAGCCCUCCUGGACCUCUUGGGCCACCACAUCCAGGCCACCUGGACCCCUUGUGGACCUCCUGGGCCCCUCCUGGACCUCCUGGGCCACCACGUCCAGGUCACCUUGACCCUCCUGGCACCUUGCCAUGGCUCCAGGCCCCAGAAGCCCAGGUCCCCCCUCGUGUCCCCGUUGUCCCCAGCAGCCCGUGGUGGCAGCUGCUCCCCGGUGCCGCUGCUGGGACAGGAAGGUCCCCGGAAGGCGCCCGGGAGCCACGGCCCCGUUCCCGUUGUCCCCCGCGGCACCCCUGGGGCGCAGGCGCGACACCUCCGCCGUCCCCGGGGCCACCUCUGCCUUCCGCCGGCCACGCCGGGGUCCCCCGGGCCACCGGAGCCUCCCCGGCCCUGGGGGAGCAGCAGAAGGAGCCACCGGGGCCAUCGGGAGCUGGCGGGGGGACGGGGACCGACGUCUGCCGCUUGUCACCGGUGGUGGCCCCACGGGGCCCCAGCGCCUCCGGUUCCUCCCCUUCCUGCGGGGAAGGGACCCCCGAGCCCUGGGGGCUGCGUGAAGAGCUGAGGGGUCACCAGGGGUCACCAGGGGUCACCCAGGGGUCAUCCAGGGGUCACCCAGGGGGUCAUCACUGGACGUGGUCCUGCCAAGGCCACACAAGGCAGGGCCUCACCUGGUGCUGCUCUGGAUGUGGUGACACUGGGACCUCACCUCCAGCAGGACCCACCUUCACUGGGACCUCACCUGUAUCAGGACCUCAUCUUCACUGGGACCUCACCUUCACUGGGAUCUCACCUUCACCAGGACCUCACCUGCAUCGGGACCUCACCUGUAUCAGGAUCUCACCUCCACUGGGACCUCACCUUCACCAGGACCUCACCUUCACCAGGACCUCACCUUCACCAGGACCUCACCUCCACUGGGACCUCAUCUUCACCAGGACCUCACCUGCAUCGGGACCUCACCUGUAUCAGGAUCUCACCUGUAUCAGGAUCUCACCUCCACCAGGAUCUCCUCUCCAUCAGCUCCUGUCCAGGAGUUGAUGGUUGGAUCCUCUUCCCCCAGCUCCUCCACUGAAGUUCUCCCCACCAGGACCCACCACAGGUGAAGUUCUCCCCAGCAGGACCCACCACAGGACCCACCUCCACUGAAGUUCUCCCCACCAGGACCCACCACAGGUGAAGUUCUCCCCAGCAGGACCCACCACAGGUGAAGUUCUCCCCAGCAGGACCCACCACAGGUGAAGUUCUCCCCACCAGGACCCACCACAGGUGAAGUUCUCCCCAGCAGGACCCACCACAGGUGAAGUUCUCCCCAGCAGGACCCACCACAGGUGAAGUUCUCCCCAGCAGGACCCACCACAGGUGAAGUUCUCCCCACCAGGACCCACCACAGGUGAAGUUCUCCCCAGCAGGACCCACCACAGGUGAAGUUCUCCCCACCAGGACCCACCACAGGUGAAGUUCUCCCCACCAGGACCCACCUCCACUGAAGUUCUCCCCAGCAGGACCCACCACAGGUGAAGUUCUCCCCAGCAGGACCCACCACAGGUGAAGUUCUCCCCAGCAGGACCCACCACAGGUGAAGUUCUCCCCACCAGGACCCACCUCCACUGAAGUUCUCCCCAGCAGGACCCACCACAGGUGAAGUUCUCCCCAGCAGGACCCACCACAGGUGAAGUUCUCCCCAGCAGGACCCACCACAGGUGAAGUUCUCCCCACCAGGACCCAGCUCCACUGAAGUUCUCCCCAGCAGGACCUGCAGCCGCUCGUCCCGGUGUCCCCAUGGAGGCGUGGCGCCAAUGUGCCCACUGGCUGGUGGCCGCGCGCGUCCUGCCCGCGGGACACCGGGCCAGCAGCCCCGGGGGACAGGUGUGGGACCUGGCGCAGGCGCUGCGGGACGGGGUCCUGCUGUGCCACCUCCUCAACGCCCUCCUGCCCCGCGCCGUGCCCCCCCGGGACAUCUGUCCCCGGCCCCAGAUGUCACAGUUCCUGUGCCUGAGGAACAUCCGCACCUUCCUGACCGCCUGCGCCGACAAAUUCGGGCUCCCCAAGCACCGGCUCUUCGGCGCCUUCGACCUCUUCGAUGUCCAGGACUUCGGCAAGGUGAUCGAGACGCUCUCAGCGCUCUCCUGGACCCCGAUCGCGCAGAGCAAAGGACUCACGCCGUUCCCGUCCGAGGACAGCGUUGGGGACGAUGACGUUUACAGCGGCCUCUCCGACCUCAUCGAUGACACGGCCGAGGAGGACGAUGACCUCUACGACUGCGUGGAGGCCGAAGGGGACGAUGGCGACGACAUCUACGAGGACCUGAUGAGGGUCGAGACCCCUCCGGCCACGAAGGGGGGGGUGGACCGGCGGCUCUGCUGCCUCCAGGAGCUGCGGCAGACGGAGGAGAGGUACACGGAGACCCUGGAGUCCAUCUGCCAGCACUUCCUGCGGCCACUGCAGCACUUCCUGAGCCCCCAGGACAUGGAGAGCGUCUUCAUCAACGUGGAGGAGCUGCUGGAGCUGCACCGGCGUUUCCUGGGGGAGCUGCGGGGGGCGCUGGGGGGGGGCGGGGGGGGGCUGCCCCCCCUGUUCCUGCAGUACAAGGAGAGGUUCCUGCUCUACGGCCGCUACUGCAGCCAGGUGGAAGCGGCCGCGCGGCGCCUGGACCAACUGUCCACCUGCACUGACCUGCGCAUGAAGCUGCAGGAGUGCUCCCAGCGCGCCAACAACGGGCGCUUCUCGCUGCGGGACCUGCUGAUGGUGCCCAUGCAGAGGGUGCUGAAAUAUCACCUGCUGCUCCAGGAGCUGGUGAAGCUGACCCCGGAGGUGGCCGAGCGGGAGCGGCUGCGGGGGGCGCUGGACGCCAUGAGGGACCUGGCCCAGUGCGUGAACGAGGUCAAACGGGACAACGAGACCCUGAAGCAGCUCACGAGCAUCCAACUGUGCCUGCACAACAUGCCGCAGUCCCUGGCGCAGUUCGGGCGCCCCAAGAUCGACGGGGAGCUGAAGGUCUCCAGCACCGAGAGACGCUCCAAGGUGGACAGGUACGGCUUCCUGCUGGACAAGGCCCUGAUCAUCUGCAAGCGCCGCGGGGACUCCUACGAGACCAAGGGCGUGGUGGAGCUGCAGAGCCACCAACUGCGGGACGGUGGCCUCGGGCCCCGCGACGGCAAGAAGUGGUCCCACACCUUCGUGCUGCUGGACCCGGCCGGGCUGCAGGACUACGAGCUCUUCUUCAAGACGCGCGAGCUGAAGAAGAAGUGGCUGGAGCAGUUCGAGAUGGCCCUGUCCAACAUCUUCCCCGAGCACGCCCUGGCCGAUGGACACGACUUCCAGAUGUUCUCCUUCGAGGACACCACGUCCUGCAGGGCCUGCCAGAUGUUGCUGAGGGGCACCUUCUACCAGGGCUAUCGCUGCAGCCGCUGCCGGGCCCCCGCCCACAAGGAGUGCCUGGGGCGCGUGGGGACCUGCGGGAAGGCCGGAGCUGAUUCCGGCGCACGGAAGAACAAAUCUCAGCGUCCGGGACCCGACCGGAAACGGGAGGAGCUGGGACUCCCCAGAAUGGAGAGCACCCAAUCCUACGGCGGCGUGCCCCCCCCCCCGGGGGUCCUGGCGCCCCCCCUGCGCCUCAGCCCCGGUGACGUCAUCGAGGUGACGGCGGCCGAGGCCCAGGAGCUCUGGUGGCAGGGCCGGAACGUGGCCAGCGGGGAGCAGGGCUGGUUCCCCAGCAGCGCCGUCAGACCCUUCGUGGCCGUGCCGCUGCCGGAUCUCUCUGCCUACCCCUGGUUCGGGGGGCCCCUGGAGCGCGCGGGGGCCGAGCAGGUUCUGUCCCCCCGCUCCGACGGCGCCUUCCUGGUGCGACAGCGGCUCCGAGAGCCCGGGGACUUCGCCAUCAGCCUCAAGUACCGCGGGCAGGUGAAGCACAUCAAGGUCACGGCCGGCCAGGGCCUCUACUGGGUCACCGAGAAAAAAGCCUUCAAGGGGCUGGUGGAGCUGGUGGAGUUCUACCGGCGGAAUUCGCUGCGGGAUUGUUUCAAGGCGCUGGACACGACCCUGGCCGUGCCCUACCGGGACCCCCAGAGCCCCGCGGGGCCCCGGGAGCCGGGUGCCACCCGCAGUUUCGGCUCGGCCAAGGCUCGCUACGACUUCAGCGCGCGGGACCGGACGGAGCUGUCGCUGCGGGAAGGGGACAUCGUGCGUGUCCUCAGCAAGAGGGGACAGCCCGGCUGGUGGAAAGGGGAGAUCUACGGCAGGGUCGGGUGGUUUCCCGCCAAUUACGUGGACGAGGAAUAUUCGGAUUAUUGCUGAGAGCGACGCGUCCCUGUCA